CUGCCGUCAGGACUUGCUGUUGGUCUGGAUCUGCAAGCAAAAGGCCACACAAAUUUCCUGAUUGGCUGGAAAAAUUUGGAUACAGCCUCUGUUGAGGUGUAUAAAUAGAAAGCAAAGUAUUUUAUUCCUCUCACUUUGAAAGCAGAGCUCUCAAGGCACAUGAAAAUGCACAGAGUCACAGCAGUCGUCCUCGUGAUUGCCAUCUCCAGUGCUGCUGCAGCACAAUGGGCAAGAAUCUGCUCGAGUCAACCUGCGAACAAAAUCAGAGGCUGCGACUCCCAUGGCUGCGGGGGAUACAACGUCCCCAGAGGAGGGAGGAAGCACAGGGGAGUGGACGUGGUGUGCGAGGAUGGCUCCGUGGUGUACGCACCCUUCACGGGGAGGAUCACCAGGCAAGUCAGGCCCUACGGAAACGGCAAUGCCAUCGACAACGGAGUCCAGCUCUCGGGAUCAGGAUUCUGCGUUAAGAUGUUUUACAUCAAACCCGUCAAGUACAGCGGCCCCAUCGAGAAGGGAGAGAAAAUCGGCGUCCUGCUGCCCAUGCAAAGGGUCUACCGAGGGAUUAUAUCCCAUGUCCAUAUCCAGAACUGCGACUUAACAGAUCCUACUCCCAACCUGUAAAUGGGAGGCAGCGCAUCAGGGCAAAGCCUUCAGCCCCCGGCUUGUGCAUUCAUUAAAUUGCUUGGGCAUACGUACUCGCUCUAGUAAAGUGGAAACCGCUGAGCCUCAAACAGUUGUUCCACCUAAAAAGUGUCCGGGACCAAAAUGCUGGUGGUUAUCUGAACAUAAAGAGACUCACAGUGAGGUAUAACACGCGAUGUAAAGCGGUUGUCGUGUCUUGCACAUCACUGCGCCCGUCGAUGGAGGCUGAAGCGGUGGGGAGCGGAGUGGCCGGGAGGUGGUGGCUCCUGGUUGCCCAGCAGAGCCCCGGGCUGCAGCUCCCUCCUCUUGGACUUCUCUGCUCUCUUUGCAGCCAAACACGAAGUUUUCUUCAAUAAGCCACAAAUUUCACUUGUGCUCGCAUAUGGAAAAAUCGCAUUAUUAAAGGGCUGCUUCACUACAAAU